UAAGUUCUUGUAGUUUUGAUUCAAAAAACGCUUUGCGAUUAGUUAUUGGAAGACUUUUUUGCCUCACAGUUUUCAUUUCCGGUGGAAGAAUAUUUCCACUACCAACUAAGUUUUCAAAAGCAAUAUUACGCUUUAUAAUUUUCCCAUAGUAAGAUAUUCCAGCCAGGACGAAUUCCAUAAUAGCUAAAAACGAGCAAUAGUAUCGAUAGUACUGUCGAUAGUUCUCCACCACUUACUGUACAUGUCAUGUACAAACGAAGGUGAAGGUAAUGCUGCGGAAGUUAUAACUUCCAAAUCCAAAAAUGGACUUAAGUAAGAUGUCGGAUGAGAGAAAACUGUAUCUCUGUAACUGGUACUUUAAGGCUGGCUUUGCAUUUCUACCGUUUGUGUGGAUUAUAAAUUCGAUUUGGUUUUACAGUGAGGCAUUUUUGAGAAGCCCUUUCGAGCAUCAAAAACAAAUGAAAAAGUAUGUUUUGCUGUCAGGGACCUUAUCUUUGAUGUGGCUUUCAAUUGCAGUACUGUGGGUAACAGUUUUUCAAAAUAAUAGAGAUAAAUGGGGCCAAUUUGGUGAUGCAAUAACUUUUGUAAUCCCGCUGGGUGUAGUUUGAAAUUAAUAGAAAAUGUAUAAACCACAUACAUACGUACGUGCAAUGUUCGUAUGUAAGUUUAUUUGAAAUAAAUGUUUUGGUAAUUAUAAA